AUGUUUUAUCAUAAUAAACUAUUAUCCAAUCGUUCGAUUAUUAUUGGUCUUCUUGCUACAAUUAUUUUUAUUGAAGCAAUAAUUAUUGGAAUUUUAUUACAACAACAACCAACAAAAUUGAUCAAUAAUCAAAAUGAUACAUGUGGAAUAAUGUCGAAUCAUUCGCGAUAUCGCCGAGAAAUACAUGAUAUUGAAAAUAGUAAUGAAUGGAAAUAUGCAGAUUUAUCAUCAACACUGUAUCUUCCAAUUUAUGCUCAAAUUUCGUAUAAAUCGUUAAAAGCUAUUUGUGAAGAACAUAAUAAACGACGUAUGAAGCAUAAAUGGAAACAUGUAAAAAAUAUCACAACUUAUAACAACAGACCGAGAAGAUUGAAUAAACGAGGUUGUGGAUUAAUUAGUUCAAUUUCUCGACCACAUAUUUUGGCUCAUCGUUUGAAUAAAAUUGGCGGUAUUGUUCGACAUGGCACACAUUGGUUUCAGACUGAAUAUUCGUUGGGAUACAAUGUUUUUGAAUACUACAAUCUAAAUGAUCUACGAUCUUCGCAUCCUUCUGCAAUACAUUCAUUGGAUAUUGCGCAAUUUGAUGGUACCGAUAAUACCGCAUGUAAUGGAAAUAAUUUUAUUUAUUAUGCAUCAUCGACAUCGAGUAUUUAUUCGUAUCAGAUUGAUGAAAAACGUUCGAAAAGUGCAGCAAUUGAUGUUUCAAAAAUUCCAAUUUACAAAUUUUCUCAUUCGUACGUGGAUUUGGAAAAUGACGGUAGCCAAUUAUGGAUUCUGUAUCAUUCCAUUUCGGAUGGUACCAUAAAAGCUUCGUUACGUGAUUGUACGACACUUGUGGAACGUAAAUCCUGGAUUUUACAAUUUCUGGAUACAAAAACUAUUGUGAAUGCAUUUAUUGCUUGCAAUCAUUUGUAUACCAUUACUCAAAAUGUUACAUCAAACAUUUUGAAUAUUAUUUAUGAUUUUGGUACCGAUAAGUUUUUCGAUAACAUUCCACAAAUAGGUAGUUGGAAACGAUAUGGUAUACCAUCAACUGUGCAAUAUGAUCAUACGACAAAAACAAUUAAUAUUUUUGAGAAUGGUAUUAUUUACAGUAUUGCAGUACAAAUUAGUAAAAAUUAUUGA